UCUAACCCCACCUCGGCCCCCACAGCCCCGCCGCCUUCAGCCCCGGAUAAAGCCGCGAACGGGACGCUCACACGGGCGGCGGCAGUCUUACCUGCAGAGCCAGCGGACAGCCAUCUGGACGGUUGCGGGAAAACUCGGAGCUCCUCCGGACGCUCCGCGUGGUGGCGGCGAGGUGAGAGGAUGAGCGCCGCCGGACGGUUAACGUGGAGGAGCGCCGGUGUUUUCACCUUCAGGAGACUCUGCAGCUCCGAACAGAGCCAAGCCCCGGCGCAGCGGGACAGUCCGCCCAAAAGAUCCGCCGUCAGACCAGCAGCCAGCACCACCCACGACUGGAUCGGGCCGCCCAACCCGCUGUCCAACCUGCGUCCCAUCGUCUACCGCGUCCCCGAGGACGAGUCGGAGCUGGAGAGACGCCUGAGACGCCUGAGGCAGGAGACGGAGGACUGGAACCACCAGUUCUGGACCAAGCAGAACAUCAGCUUCAGCAAGGAAAAAGAAGCUUUCAUCCUUUCCCAGUUGAAGUCCAAAGGUUUGACGCUGCUUGACGACAACGGGCGCCGGCGGCACCUGAGCAGCGAGGAGAUGGCCGUGUUUUACAAAAGCUUCCUGGACAGAAACCGAACGCGCCACGCCAGCUACAACAAGGAAUGGUACCGACGGAACUUCAGCAUCACCUUGCUCAUGGCCCGAGUCGCCCUGAACAGCAUGUGGAAGAGUGUCAGUGACAGAACCAGCAGCAAGAGGAGCAACACUCCACCCCCCUGAAAAUAAAGCCAGUUCCCAAAGCCCCCCCCCCCCCCCCCCCCAUGAGGAACUCCAGUGGGACCAGCUCAGACUCAGCUGGUCCUCGGUCCGGAGCUGGAGUCAGAAUCUAGACCCUCUCUGAGAGACACGGCUCUUUAAAACUCAUCAUACCGGUCCGACCCGUUCUGGAUCAAACCGGACUGUUCAUGACCUCUGAACUGAAAUGAGUUUGACUCUCCUGAUUUCAGAGGAAAUGAGUUCUCUUAUUAAAGUACAAAAGUGUUUUUAUGUCUGUGUAUCAGCACCUAUAAAUGUCUGUAUCCACAAAAACAUCUGCGUACAGGACCUUAUUCAUCAGGAUGAAGUAUUUUGAGGAUCA